GUUCUUUAAUAAAGCCACUGAAAGAGACAUGAUAUCUUAGAAGAGUUAACAUAGGGUAGUUUUGGAAACUUGUUAAAAACUGGAACAGUAUAAAAAUAUGGGAAGUCUCGCAUACGAAACUCUCUUCUCUGCAGCAUAAUCAAGCAAAAGCAACAAUGGACUCUCAGAGUCAAAAUAGUAGGAUUUGGAGCUAUGAAUCUCUCACGAACUUCCAUGACUUCUCUCCGGCCGUUCAGAGUCAUCUUAAGCGGGUAUAUCUCACGUUAUGCUGUGCUCUUCUUGUGUCUGCGUAUGGAGCUUACCUCCAUAUGCUCUAUAAUAUCGGUGGACAAGUCACUACUCUUGGAUUCACUGGAACCAUGUUCUGGUUGCGCUUCACUCCUUCAUAUGCACCAUUAUCAAAACGGCGCUCAGUUCUGUUUCUAUAUUCCCUUCUUAAAGGUGCUUCAGUUGGUACCGUGAUCAAGGUGGUCAUUAAUUUUGAUUCAAGCGUCCUGAUCACUGCAUUUGUGGGAACAGCAGUAGUAUUUGCGUGUUUCUCUGCUGCAGCAAUGUUGGCAAGGCGCAGAGAGUAUCUUUACCUCGGAGCUUCAAUUUCUUGUUGCAUGUCCAUCUUUUGGUUAGUAAAAAUUGCCUCUAAGAUAUUUGGAGGCUCUGCAUUUGUCUUCAUGUUUGAGCAAUACCUUGGACUCUUUCUCUUUGUGGGAUACAUAGUGGUGGACACACAGAUAAUAAUCGAGAAAGCACACCGUGGUGAUAUGGACUAUGUGCAACAUUCUUUUACCUUUUUCACUGACUUAGCUUCUCUGUUUGUUCGAGUUAUCGUCCUCAACAUGUUUAAGAAGAUGAAGAAAAGAAGAAAAAACUGAAACUGAAAUCAUCAAAGCAAAUCGCUCUUUCCACUUCACCUGACUAGUUUUCUCGCUAUCAUAUAAAUACAUUAAACU